AUGAACAUCAUCAAUCACGAAGGCAGAGCUGUACCUUUGGCACCAGUUCAUACAAUUGUAGAUCAAGGAGCUCAAAUCCUUUACUAUCCACAAGAAGCCGUUGAUCCACAUCAGAAUGACCCACGAGUAUACACUCGCUUUUACCACGAUCAUAGGUAUCAGGUGUAUGCUACCAAUGAAUAUGAAAUGCCUCCUCAGCAUUCUAAAGCUAAAAUCUGUCACUUUUGGUGCCAACAUGAGAUCGACACAAGUCUUCCAAUACAGCGUACCUGGUAUUAUGUUCCGUGGAGUGUCCCCAUUCCUGGCGUUCUUCAAGACGAUGGAAACAUAUCUUUUACUGAUCCCGUCUCCGGCCAUACCAUAAUCGACAGUUCCCCUGUUCCUGCGGGAUUCAGACCCUACCGCGAAGGAGACACUCCAUUCGACACAAAUUGGCAAACAAUACCCCCCUCUCCAUCUUUUCAACUUGGAACAAACUUUGCCACUCCCAAUCUUGAUAUUGGUUCGUCGAGAUCCAGGUCAUCUGGAUCCCGUGGCAUUAUUGUAACUCCUCGGAGCGGGUACAAUAUUCUAGGAGCGCAUAGUUUGCCUACUAAUUCUCGGAUACCAGCGGAACCAAUCAGUCAGACUGAAGUUCAACAUCUUCGUCGAGGUGAAGCUGUCCUUGUAUCGGAGUUGGCGGAAAGUGAGCGAACUCCAACCAGAGCUUUCUACGGAAGGGGAGGGGAAGAAGGAGGAAGACGUACAGAAGUAUCAAUCCCUCGAGUAAUUACUGGUGGGGCUAGUCGUGGCAACGGCAUUGGACAUGACAACACAAACCCGCCAAAUGGCCCCAGAGGUGGAGUAAAUGGUCGGGGCUACAAUCGUGGUCGAGGAGGACGUCCUACUAGAAUUUGGAAUUGGCACGAUUGA